CCCCUUUCCCCGUUCUCUGCCGGUGGAUCUGGCCCGACCUGUCCCACGACGAAGAUUGCUUCGUAGCCUCUGUCGAUUUUUAUCCGGCGGCAGCUGCCCCCUACCGGCGGCAGCAGCAGCGAGGAGGAGGAGGAGGCGUGUGACGGCCGCGGCUCCGGCAUGGAAAACUCCCAGCUUUGUAAGCUGUUCAUUGGCGGCCUGAAUGUGCAGACGACGGAAGCUGGGCUGCGAGAAUACUUCGAGGCCUACGGGACCCUAACCGACUGUGUGGUUGUGCUCAACCCGCAAACCAAGCGCUCCCGAUGCUUCGGUUUUGUCACAUACUCGGCUGUGGAAGAAGCCGAUGCCGCCAUGGCUGCCUCGCCGCACGCUGUCGACGGCAACGUGGUUGAGCUGAAGCGGGCCGUUUCCCGCGAGGAUUCCGCCCGGCCCGGCGCCCACGCGAAAGUGAAGAAACUCUUCGUCGGAGGCCUCAAGGGGGACUUGGGGGAGAACGAUCUAGUGGAGCAUUUCAGUCAGUUCGGCCCUGUGGAGAAGGCCGAGAUCAUCUCCAACAAGCAGAGCGGCAAGAAGCGGGGCUUCGGCUUCGUCUACUUUCAGAACCACGACGCCGCUGACAAGGCGGCCGUGGUCAAAUUUCACCCCAUCCAGGGCCACCGGGUGGAGGUUAAGAAGGCCGUGCCGAGAGAAGACAUCCAAGCAGGAGGCGGCGGUUCUUCCAGGUCGAGUUGGGGCGGACGGGGAAGAGGAAGGGGCGGAGGUGCCGGCAACCGGGACCACAACGGUCUCUCCAAAGGAGGCGGCGGCGGCUAUAACAGUUACGGAGGCUACGGAGGAGGCGGCGGCGGCGGUGGUGGUGGAGGCUACGGCUCGUACGGUGGCGGCUCUUACGGCGGAGGUGGCAGCGGCGGCGACUAUGGCAAUGGGUACGGCGGCUUCGGCAGCUACAGCCAGCACCAGUCGUCCUAUGGCCCUAUGAAGAGCGGCGGUGCGGGUGGCGGCGGUGGCGGCAGCUGGGGCCCCCGCAGUAACAGUGGACCAUACAGAGGCGGUUAUGGCGGGGGAGGUUAUGGAGGCGGCUCUUUCUAAGCGGGAAUUCCCACCGAUCCUUCUGGGGGACGUUAGUUUUGUCUGCAUGGAGUAUGCUCUCCGUUUGUACCAGGCCAGGCUUUCAAUACUUCCCCUACACUUCGCCUAAAGGCACCUUCAUACAAAAAGGUUCCAGUGAUGCGAAGCAGAUCUCGAAUGUUCCUGGUGGGGUCGCUCUGCUGCCUGUGUCACUUUCUUGAAGAUGUACUGGGUCUUUUCACACAACGAUUUUGUGUUAGUCAUUGAUGGACUCUAUUUUUUUAUUGCUUGGACAUUAGUCGUUUUUUAUACUAGGAACAAGAUAUUGUUUUAAUUUUGGUUUAUUUGGGGUUGGGAGGGAAAGUCAUGAUUCUGAAGUAAAACUUGGGAGGGAAAGGGAAUUAACUUUGUAAGGACUUGGAAUAUCUACACAUUUUUUUCUACAAUGAUUCCAUGGCUGUAAAAGGGGUUAAAUCGUUUUUACAUUUUUAUUUUUUAAAUAAAUCAUUGUGUUCAUUGACCUUUACAUGUCUUUUUUCCUAGGGUUCAUUCCGUAUAUUUCAAACAAAAGUUUUUUAAGCCAGUAAAAUUUACUGAUGCUUGAAUAGCUAAGUGUGUUAAAAAAAGAUUGCUUUAUUUCAAGUAUAGAGCCCAGCUCUUGCUGCCUCACUACAUUGGUUUUCUUACUGGUAAAGAGUUUGUGCCAGUUUUUGAAAUAUGUUGGUGGAUGAAGUUGGUUAAAAUACCUUAUUCUUCAUCCACAGUUUUGCAGUUGGGCAUUUGCCUUGCAAACACAGUUGGUCUGUUCUUUUAUAUAGGGAGUUAUUCAUAAAAAUGUUCUAACACAUUUAAAGCAUGUGCUUUUUUAUAUAUACAUGUUCAAAAUGUCAGAUUUCUUAGUUUCACAUUGUGUUAUUUAUUGGCUUGUCUGUAACAAUCCAUUUUUAAAGGGGUGAAUGAUUUCCCUUAUAAAUAUUUUGUUUGCAUAGUGAAGUCAUUUCAAUUGGAUACUAUCUUAAUUGUUCUUAUUAAAAAGCCAAGUAUUAAAUAGAGUGCCAUCUGCUGGCAGACUAGUUGACUUUUGUGUAAGUUUUAUUAAAACAAAUUGGCUCUCAGAUUUGUAGACCAUUAGAUCUUUAGAUUGCAAGGAUUAAAUUAACAUGCCAAUAAAAUAUAUUGGCUGAAAUGAAAUACUAAAAUAUAAAAAAGUAACAUUAUUGAUUGACCAAUUUAAGUAUUCAAUUUUUAAAAUUUGUGCUCAGUGAACAAUGAGCCAGUAACUUAGGCCAAUUGUAAAUCAAAAUUUCUGUAGUCUGCUUGAUGUAUUUGUAGCCCUUUCACAUAGUAGAAUUAACGUUUGUUGUUCUAUUAACAAUGUUCUAGACAGAAACUGACUUCCUGAAUAGAAAUAUAGAAUAGUUAUGAAUAUUGCAAAUAAAAAAUUGAAUUCUU